GGUCAGAAUACGUGGAACAUUUGUGCAUCACAAACGGUUUGUUAUACCUUAGAAGGUAGGUGUGCAAAACUCCGCCGUGAUCGUACAUCUAGCGAUUGACCCGAGAUCGCAGUGCUCGACAUGUUGAAGAUUACCCUGUUAUGCUUGCUCUGGGUUGUCGACGCAACAGAUAGAAGUAAACACCUCCUGACACCUACAGAUGUGACCCUUCAACGUAGUCGCUCUGGAAUUAACGAUGAUCUAUCUGAACUUGCCUACUCCGGUGAAGAAGACGUGCUAUACACAUCGCGACUUUACAACGACCUCAUUACCGGAACACUCAUGGCAUUUUGCGUCGGAUGGAAGGGUGCGCAAUGGGAGCACGGAAGAGCAGCUGCAGAAAAUUUGGGCAUCCGACACAUGUUUCACCCAUAUCACGCUGAGGUGGAAAAACUGGAAGGCAAGAAGAUGAUUGUUCCAUAUCUUAUGUCGGCAGCACUCAGUACUCUAGAAGAAGUUACGGCCACUAGGAACCACAAGUACCAGCCUAUCGCAGAAUACAUCAGGGUCGCACUUUUGGCUCGACUGAAAACACCAGAGAUCCCAAUCUGCCUGCCGAGACUACCAAAGACCACAAAUAACAAGAUACCACAGCUAAAAAAGCAGAUGGGACGGUCCUGGUUGACGGCCUCUUUCGAGGAUCUGACUGGUGCCGUACACAGCGUAGUCAAGGUUGCGGAUCGUUUAGAAAAGGCGGCAGAGGGUGUCAAUGAAGACUUUCACAAAGCGGAAAACUUUGUAACAAAGAAAGUACUGAAAUACGCUAAUACGGCAGUAAAGACAGCUACUGGACACUCGAUACAUGAGAUAACACAGACAGCCAUGAAAUACGCAGAUAAGGCAGUAAAGACAGUUACUGGACACACGAUGCAUCAGAUAGAACAGGCAGUCACCGAAUAUGCUCAAAAGAAAAUAAAGGUCCUCAAAGAUUUCGCCUCAAGCAUCUGUGACUAUAUGACCGAAGGCGCCGAGGAUGCCACAGCGUUUGGAAUAAUACAGCAAAUCCUGAAAAUUGGCUCGAAGGUCAAGGAGGUCUUUACUUCGCAAAACAAGAAGGCCGCCAUGAAAGAUUUAUUCUGGAUUGUUGUGAAGCUGUUCGAGAGCUUGGCGGGAUUCGAUCCGGUACAAGAUGUUUUUGGCUCUGUCAUCGAGGUUGUGGGAGAGGCGAUUGGAGCCUUUGCAGCAUCCAUAUGAGGAAUGCGAAUGGAUUUUCUCUCGUUGUCCCGCAUCGCAAGCGCCCAACGAGUAUACUCCGUCUUACAGCACGAUUAAGAUCAUCCAUGCAAAGAAUCACUCUGCACCUUAUCAAUUUAUCGACGCUGGUAUUUGGUUAUACAGGCAACAACACAUGCUUUGCACUUAAAUGAAAAUAAAGAUAUUGAAUCCUUCA